UUAUAGAGGUUAGAAGCUUUCCGUUUUAUUUCCGCAAACCACGUCGGUUUAGAUUCAGUAAUGUUUGUUUGUUUGCAAGCACUAUUAACGGUCCAUUAUCUAUUACACAAAUCCGCUUCUUCUAUUGAAGCAAAUGCAUUUAAAGGAGAACUGAAAUGUUACCGCGAAUCUGUCGACUCCCUCUCGCAAUGUAAAAAAUAAAUCAGACAUGCUCUAAUGAAAAAGGUAACCACGGCAGAUUUUUUAUUCAGGCACCUCCAACAGUGCGGCAGGAAAUACAUCUCGGAACGUUGACAUAAGAUAUUCAGAAGUGGACUGGAAAGAACAAAAAGCUAACUCCUUACUAAUCACGAAUUAUAGUUCUUUUGAAGACAGUAUGGGUUACUUGUGCAUUGAGUAUAUUGUUCGAUUGUGUCUCCCGCGUGUACUAUCGCUUAAAAGGCGGAGCCACAACGACCUUUUGGACCAAGUUAUUGGUUGCGAAUUUAGCACCUCUUUGAAGCCAACAAUAAAACAUAGAUUAUUAACACAAACACUAAACACAAUAAGGAACCGCACGACCAACCCCGACGGCUCUUUCAUUUCACAGCACUUUGUUUGCAGGCGGAGGUUCUGAUUGGUUCACGAUGAAAAAUGGUACACCACCGUAUCAAUUACUGUGCUUGGUUAACAGUAUAUCAUGAAUACUGACAACAAAUUAAGAGCGCCGCUAACAUAGACGACAGUCAGUCAGCUCCGGUCGUGUACUGUAGAAUCGGUGGUAUAAACGCACAGAUCGACCGUCGACUGCAAGAAUUCUGUACAGAGCUUGGUACAAGAACCAAUUCAAGCCACAUUAAAAUGAAAGAUAACAGUGAUCAAGAUUAUCAAGAGCUGUGUUCUAAAGAAGCGCUGGACAGCUCGGAGGAAAAGAUUUUCAAACACCAAGAUGGCAAAGCAGCAGCAAGUCCUGCGAAGGAUGGUGAAGAAGACAAAGAAGCCGGGCAUGUGAAGGAAGAUGGGCCAAUGGCGAAGAAUGAAGGCAAAGAUGCGGAAGAGAAAAAAUGCGAGAAGCCGCCAUUUUCGUAUAAUGCCCUCAUAAUGAUGGCAAUUCGUGGGUCGCCCGAGAAGAGACUAACCCUAAGUGGUAUCUAUGAUUUCAUAAUGAAGAAUUUUCCCUACUACUGUAACAACAAGCAAGGCUGGCAGAACUCCAUUAGACACAACCUAUCGCUGAACAAAUGCUUCGUCAAGAUUCCCCGUCAUUAUGACGACCCUGGGAAAGGGAACUAUUGGAUGUUGGAUCCCAGUGCUGACGAUGUGGUUAUCGGCGGAACGACAGGCAAACUAAAACGACGAAAUCCGCCUUCCUCUAGAAACCGCGUGGCGCUGAAACGCCAGCAAAGAAUCUCUCCAGUACCAGGCUAUGCACUUGACCCUUCACAAGUAGGCUUCUACUCUGGUUUCUGGCCUCAUCCACCCUCUAUGUUCCCGGCACCUUUGUCGCCUCAAAUGAGAAGACACAGCUUAGUGGGAAUGUCUUGCACCAUGAACUGCAGCUCGUCCCUCCCACAUCCAACACCGGUUCUUCCACACCCAACCCCCAGUGCCAGAUGCCUCGUCCCCUCAUCACCAGAGAUGGCCUUCCCAAGUCAUUGCCACGGGUUUGGAUUUCUGCAGCCCUCUUGCCCACAAACAGGCCUUUUCUCUCUCGGCCACCCACGCUCCCCACUGGAAUCACAAUGGCCAACUUCGAUGUCAUCAUCUCCAUUUCUACAAGACAGGUUUAUGGUGAACAAUGAUUCGAUAUUUCAGUCUGCGUUCAGUACAGUACCUAAGCUAACGUUCGGUACUCCCACAUUAAGAUCUAACUUCCCUUUCUUAAAAGAGAGCGCUUCCCAAGUUUCGCGCACGCCUUUUCUUUCGGAUUGCAAAUGAACGUUGGAGGUUUUAGUGAAAUAGAAAUGAUUAUUUAAGUUUAGAGACAAGUAUAAAUAUCACACAAGAAAAAAUGGAUUGUGUUUUGUAAAUAUGUAUUUGAAGUUAGGGUUGCCAGCAACAGUGGACAUAUUAAUUCCAAUUAACUGACUCGAGGUCAAAUAGUUGUAUUGGUUUAUCCACUUUGUUAGCUCUAUUUUCGUUAAUUAAGUGCAACUUUGCGUUAUCAUUAAUACCACGUUGAAGCCCACGAGCAAAAUACCAGUUAAAGAAAAUUAUUUUACACAUCAAUGACGACCAGACGACCAGAUAGUGCAAAUUUUCGCUACUUUACUCUGUUAGUUGGCACGUCUUUCCGUGAAUGUAAGCAAAUAACAAAUAAUUAUUUAUGGCCGCAAUGUGUCUGCGUAA